UUCACAAUUGAUUAAAAAUGAUAAAAGUUAUCACAAGAUGAUUAUUUUUGAAACAUCCUUGACCGUGAAAAAAUGCUAAAAAAUGUCUCGAAGUCUCAACAACGGCUAUUCGAUCCCCUUGAUCGGCUUAGGAAUCCACAAGCUCGUUCACGCCUCGGAAAUCCACCAAGUGGUAAAACUGGCCAUCGACGCCGGUUAUCGGCACUUUGAUUGUGCGUGGAUUUACGGUACUGAAGCCGCAGUAGCCAAAGCAAUCCAUGAGAAAAUCAAAGAAGGCGUCAUCAAACGUGAAGAUGUUUACAUAACGACGAAACUGUGGAACAAUUACCACCAACGCAAAGACGUGGUGGAGAAAUUGCGUGAAUCUUUGCAAGAAAUGAAAUUUUGUUAUGUCGAUUUGUAUUUGAUUCAUUGGCCUUUGGGGUUCAAGGUCAAUGCGAAUUCUUUGCCCUUGAACGAAGGGCCUAGUGCGUACAGUGACGUCGAUUAUGUUGAAACUUGGCAAGGAAUGGAGGAUUGCGUCUACCAGGGUUACACAAGAAGUAUCGGUUUAGCGAAUUUUAACAGCGAACAAAUCACCAGAAUUCUCAAAAACGCCAAUAUUAAACCCACUGUGAACCAUAUCGAAGUCCAUCCGCGUCUAAACCAGAAAAAAAUUAUAGAAUUUUGCACCCAACGCAAUAUUUUAGUCACGGGAUACUGCCCCUUGGGGAUUAAUGAAAUGGGUGGAGUCCCCAAUUUCCCAGAACCUACGAUUUGUGAUGAGAAAAUCGACGAAAUUGCACGGAAACAUCGAAAAACCGCCGCUCAAGUCGUCUUAAAUUAUUUAAUUUCGUUAGGUAUUUGUGUGGUCACGAGAUGUAGCAAUCAGUUCAGAAUUAGGGAACAUAUUGACAUUUUUGACUUUCAACUUGAUUCACAAGAUGUGGAAUAUUUGGAUUCGUGUAACCGGAAUCAGAGGAUUUGCGCUUUUUCGGCCUUUGUCGACCACAAAUACUACCCGUUUCACGUGGAAUUUUAAAUAAAUUAUUUGUUUCAA